UCAAGUCCCAGUUUCCACUCUUCCCACUGUUCCCACCGACACACCGGCUCGCCCAAAACAGCUUAACCGUCAUUGACCUCUUUAUCGCAUCAGUCAUCCCAUUAUCAUCUUGUGAAUCGCUUCUUCCUCUCUCUUGAAUUCAAACUCAACCCAACCCACUCACAACUCCCCUCUCCACUCUCCCUUCCCUUCCUUUUUUACCCCCUUUGCCUUCUGGCUCAGGUGCGACAAUGGUUGGAAGUACGCUGGCUAUCCGGUCCAAGAUGGCUUCCCCAUCCGCCGCUAUGCAGUUGUCGUCGCUGUCGCGCAGGUCGCUCUCGACGCGACCCCAGCUCCUCCGGUCCGCACGUCCCUUGAGAUUCUCCCAGCAGCAGUUCCAGCGCUCCACCCGUCGCGCCUACGCCGAUGCUUCUCAACCCGCAUUGCCCGCCCCCAAGCCCAAGAAGCGCUUCGGGUUCUUGCGCUGGACCUGGCGCCUGACCUGGAUGAGCUCCUUGGGUCUGGCUGGUUACCUGGCCUAUAGCGUCUACGACUCGUGCCACCCUGUCGACCAGAUCGAACCCGACCCGUCCAAGAAGACUCUGGUCAUCCUGGGCUCCGGAUGGGGUUCCGUCUCCCUGCUGAAGAAGCUCGACACUGAGAACUACAAUGUCGUCGUCAUCUCGCCCCGCAACUACUUCCUGUUCACCCCUCUCCUCCCCUCCUGCACGACUGGACAGGUCGAGCACCGUUCCAUCAUGGAGCCCAUCCGCAACAUCCUCCGCCAGAAGAAGGCCCACGUCAAGUUCUACGAAGCCGAGGCCACCAAGAUCGACUACGAGAGGCGCGUCAUUUCCAUCAGCGAUGAUUCCGAGAUCAAGGGCGAGAUCUCUCACACUGAGGUGCCUUUCGACAUGCUGGUCGUGGGUGUCGGUGCGGAGAACGCUACUUUCGGUAUCAAGGGUGUGAAGGAGCACUCCUGCUUCCUGAAGGAGGUCGACGAUGCUCAGAAGAUCCGCAAGCGCAUCAUGGACUGCGUCGAGACUGCCAUGUUCAAGGAUCAGACCCCCGAUGAGGUCAAGCGCCUGUUGCACAUGGUGGUCGUUGGUGGUGGCCCGACCGGUGUCGAGUUCGCUGGUGAGCUGCAGGACUUCUUCGAGGAGGAUCUGAAGAAGUGGGUCCCCGAGAUCCAGGAGAACUUCCGCGUCACCCUGGUCGAGGCCCUGCCCAACGUCCUGCCCAUGUUCUCCAAGCAGCUGAUUGACUACACUGAGUCGACCUUCAAGGAGGAGAAGAUCACCAUUCGCGCCAAGACCAUGGUCAAGAACGUCACCGAUAAGUUCAUCGAGGCCGAGGUCACCAACCCCGACGGCACCAAGACCCUGGAGAAGAUUCCCUACGGUCUGCUCGUCUGGGCCACCGGUAAUGCUGUCCGCCCUGUUGUUCGCGACUUGAUGAGCCAGUUGCCCGCUCAGAAGAACUCCCGCCGCGGUUUGGCUGUGAACGAGUACCUCGUCGUGAACGGCGCCGAGAACGUCUGGGCUGUCGGUGACUGCGCGAUCACCAACUAUGCUCCUACUGCCCAGGUUGCCAGUCAGGAGGGUGCCUUCCUCGCCCGCCUGUUCAACACCAUGGCCAAGACUGAGAACGUCGAGGCUGAGCUGAAGCAGCUGUCUGAGGCCCAGGCCACGGCCAAGAGCGACGAGGAGCGCAACCAGAUCUUCGACGAGAUCCGCGAGCGUCAGAAGCAGUUGCGGAGAACCAAGCAGAUUGGUCCCUUCCAGUACUCUCACCAGGGCAGUCUGGCCUACAUUGGUAAGGAGCGUGCUGUUGCCGACAUCAGCUGGCUGAGCGGCAACAUUGCCAGUGGUGGUACCAUGACCUACCUCUUCUGGCGCAGUGCUUAUCUGAGCAUGUGCUUCAGCACUCGUAACCGUGUCCUGGUCGCUAUGGACUGGAUCAAGGCCAAGACUUUUGGCCGUGACGUGUCUCGGGAGUAAAUCCGCCGGCAUUAGACUACAGUGUAUUACUAUCAGCAGACAUGCUACGCCUAUGAACAUUUUACAGCGAGGAACUUGCUCUUUCUAAUACCGCCCUUUGUUUCUCUCGCACUCACCUUUCCCUUGACGCCCUUUAUAUGACUACUCGUCGACUCGACUGUCAACCGCUUACUGCAAGCAAUGCCCCUCGGCUCUGGUGGCUUCGAACAUCGGGGACGAGACUUGCACGAAUGAUGCAAGGGAUCUUCAUCCACCGGGGCAAAAGUACUAUCUGAUAUCUUUUCAUUUGUCUCUCUUAUUUGUGUACGGAACGAUAGACCGGGUUCGGGUUACUGUUUAGAUAUGCUAGAAUUGGCCAUGUCGGAUUUUCCUGUCUGAUGUAUACUGUACACUGGAUCUUAUUUUGCUUAAUAUAUCCACCUGUUCAAUUAGUGGUUUGUUGAUUGUAUGUCUCUGUUGU